AUGGAUCUCAGAGGUGCCUGCCUCCUGCUCGGAGUUCUACUUCUCUCCCACUUCUCAUCCCAACAGAUGAUGUCAAAGAAGAAGCUGGUGAAGAAAGAGACCCCAAAAGAUGGAGCCAUUGAAGAACUCAGAAAGCAAAUCGAUGACAUUUUGAAGGAGGUGAAUCUUCUGAAGGAGCAGCAGGCUUUGCAAACAGUUUGUUUGAAGGGAACCAAGAUUCAGGGGAAAUGCUACCUGGCCGACCCCAUGAAGAAGCGUUACCAUGCAGCCAGCGAGGACUGCAUCGCCAAGGGUGGCACGAUCAGCACCCCACUCUCCCUCGAUGAGAAUGACAAGUUGUACGACUACAUGCGCCAGACCAUUGGGUCCGAUGAAGAAAUCUGGCUGGGCAUCAACGACAUGCUGACCGAGGGCGUCUGGGUCGACCAAACCGGGUCCACCCUGCGCUACAAGAACUGGGACACUUCCUUUAAGGGGGAUCGCACCAUGAAUUGCGCAGUGCUCUCUGGGUCAAUGAGUGGGAAGUGGCUGGACGAGAACUGCCGCGAAGAGCGGGCGUCCGUGUGCGAGUUCAACAUAGUCUGAUAAUGUUAGAAGUUGCCCCGUAAAAUAGUGCUUUAUCGAGGCUUGAGACGCACACACACACCUUGCUUUUUCUUGCCUCUGUCUGUCAAAUGCUACGUUAUUGCACCUUGCUUCCAUGACCAUGUAAUUAUACCUUCUUCACUUUGGUAUUUCAAAAUGACACAGUGGUCUUUCAAUGUGGAGAUUUCCCAUUUUGUUUUUCCACAUAAUUAGAUAAGAAUGAACUCCAAAAAGGCACACAUGCAGUGAACGGGCUUUGUGGUGUAAAACAAAAAAGUGAUAGGCCUAAAUUUGACUGAACUAACCAAUGUUUUGAACAUAGAUGUGAAAUGUUCCGGUGGUUAAGUAGAUGGGCUAGCAUGCAGCAGCUUGAAUAGUUGUGGGUUCAAUUUCCGGCUUUCACCAUUGUGCCCUUGAGCAAGGCACUUGACCCCUCAGUUCCUCUGGAGACAUUAGCCCUUGUAAUAUAAUUGACAUAAUGUAAGUCACUUUGAAUAAACGUCUGCUAAAUGAUUAAUGUAAAUGUACAUUGUAAGUGCAUCAGUUCAGUCAAAUCAAGAAGUCAUGGCAAGUGCUUCCCUUUUCUCUGCAGCUCAGUCUGAAUUUAAUGAUGCUUAUUUCAGAAUGCUAGUCUUCUUCUAUUUUGUUUGUUUUUUAACAAUGUCUUGUCUAGCCUGAACUAAACUGAAUAUGUACAUUUUGCACUGUUGAAGAUAUAUACGACUUUAAUGAAUAAACAUUUGCUGGGCAAAUCA